AUGCCCGCGGUCUCCGGCGUGCUCGUCCUGCUGCUCUCGCUCUCCGGCGCGCUCCGGGCCCACAGUGGGGGUCUUACAGCCAGGGAGACCUGCAAGGCUGGAUUCUCCGAAGCAGAUUACACGGCAUUAAUCUCCCAGAAUAUUCUGGAAGGAGAGGAACUCCUCAAAGUCAAGUUCAGCAACUGUCUGGGGACCAAGGGGACGCAGUAUGAGACCAGCAGCAUGGACUUCAAAGUCGGUGCAGACGGGACGAUCUUCGCCGCCCGGGAGCUGUGGAUCCCCUCUGAGGAGGUGGCCUUCACUGUGACUGCGUGGGACCGCCAUAUUGCCCAGCGAUGGGACGCCGCAGUGCGGCUGCUGGUGGCCCAGACCUCGUCCCCACUCUCUGGACACAAGCUCCCAAGAAUGCCGCAGAAAGGAAGGAAGACUCCAGCCCUGGACCUCGCCCCGCCUCCCAGCGAUGUGCUCCUGCCCUGGCCCCAGCACCCACCUGCCAGUGGCCUGGGUCUGCGGAGACAGAAGCGGGACUGGGUCAUCCCCCCCAUCAACGUGCCUGAGAAUUCUCGCGGGCCCUUCCCGCAGCAGCUCGUGCGGAUCCGGUCGGACAAAGACAACGACAUCCCCAUCCGGUACAGCAUCACGGGCGUGGGCGCCGACCAGCCGCCCAUGGAGGUCUUCAGCAUCGACUCCAUGUCUGGCCGCAUGUACGUCACUCGGCCCAUGGACCGGGAGGAGCGGGCCUCCUACCACCUCCGAGCCCACGCCGUGGACAUGAACGGCAACAAGGUGGAGAACCCCAUCGACCUGUACAUCUACGUCAUCGACAUGAACGACAACCGCCCCGAGUUCCUCAACCAGGUCUACAACGGCUCCGUGGACGAGGGUUCCAAGCCAGGCACCUACGUGAUGACCGUCACGGCCAAUGAUGCCGACGACAGCACCACGGCUAACGGGCUGGUGCGGUACCGGAUCCUGACCCAGACCCCACAGAGCCCGUCCCAGAACAUGUUCACCAUCAACAGCGAGACGGGGGACAUUGUGACAGUGGCCGCCGGCCUGGAUCGAGAGAAAGUUCAGCAGUACACAGUCAUUGUUCAGGCCACAGACAUGGAGGGAAACCUCAACUACGGCCUCUCGAACACAGCCACAGCCAUCAUCGCGGUGACUGACGUGAAUGACAACCCGCCAGAAUUCAUCGCAAGCACGUAUGCAGGGGAAGUCCCCGAAAACCGGGUGGAGACCGUGGUCGCAAACCUCACGGUGAUGGACCGAGAUCAGCCCAGAUCACCGAACUGGAAUGCCGUCUACCGCAUCAUCAGCGGGGACCCCUCGGGGCACUUCACCAUCCGCACGGACCCCGUCACCAACGAGGGCAUGGUCACCGUGGUGAAGGCCGUGGACUACGAGCUGAACAGAGCAUUCAUGCUGACCGUGAUGGUGUCCAACCAGGCGCCUCUGGCCAGCGGGAUCCAGAUGUCCUUCCAGUCCACAGCGGGGGUGACCAUCUCGGUCAUGGACGUCAAUGAGGCCCCCUACUUCCCCUCCAACCACAAGCUCAUCCGCCUGGAGGAGGGCGUGCCUCCGGGCACCGUGCUCACCACGUUUUCGGCGGUGGACCCCGACCGCUUCAUGCAGCAGGCCGUGAGAUACUCAAAGCUGUCAGACCCGGCCAGCUGGCUGCGCAUGAACGCCACCAACGGGCAGGUCACCACGGCGGCCGUCCUGGACCGCGAGUCCCUCUACACCAAAAACAACAUCUACGAGGCCACCUUCGUGGCGGCUGACAACGGGGUCCCCCCAGCCAGUGGCACCGGGACCCUCCAGAUCUACCUCAUCGAUAUCAAUGAUAACGCCCCCGAGCUGCUCCCCAAGGAGGCACAGAUCUGCGAGAAGCCCAGCCUGGACACCAUCAACAUCACCGCGGCCGACGCCGACAUGGACCCCAACGUCGGCCCCUACGUCUUUGAGCUGCCCUCCGUCCCCGCCGCUGCGCGGAGGAACUGGACCGUCACCCGCCUAAAUGGCGACUACGCCCAGCUCAGCUUGCGCAUCCUGUACCUGGAGGCGGGAGUGUACGAUGUGCCCAUCAUUGUCACAGACUCUGGGAACCCCCCCCUGUCCAACACGUCCGUCAUCAAAGUCAAGGUGUGCCCAUGCGAUGAGAAUGGCGACUGCACCACCAUCGGCGCGGUGGUGGCAGCUGGCCUGGGCACAGGCGCCAUCGUGGCCAUCCUCGUCUGCAUCGUCAUCCUGCUGACCAUGGUCUUACUGUUCGUCAUGUGGAUGAAGCGGCGGGAGAAGGAGCGCCACACAAAGCAGCUUCUCAUCGACCCGGAGGACGACGUGCGGGACAAUAUCCUCAAGUACGAUGAGGAGGGCGGCGGCGAGGAAGACCAGGACUAUGACCUCAGCCAGCUGCAGCAGCCAGAGGCCACGGAGCAUGUGCUGAGCACGGCGGCCGGGGUGCGGCGGGUGGACGAGCGGCCGGUGGGCACCGAGCCCCUGUACCCGGUCAGGCCUGUGGUGCCCCACCCCGGGGACAUCGGAGACUUCAUCACCGAGGGACUCCGAGCGGCAGACAACGACCCCACAGCGCCCCCCUAUGACUCCCUGCUGGUCUUCGACUACGAAGGCAGCGGCUCCACCGCAGGCUCCGUCAGCUCCCUAAACUCAUCCAGCUCCGGGGACCAAGACUACGAUUAUCUGAACGACUGGGGGCCCCGGUUCAAGAAGCUGGCAGACAUGUACGGAGGCGGCGAGGACUGACUGCCCCUUCCCGGACCAAAGCCGGACCAGCACUCGGAGGGACAGACGGACAGACAGAGGAGCAGGACUUGGGGAGGCCGCUGGUCCUCCCGACUCCCUGCAGACACGUCCUUUAGUGGUGAGCUGGGGGGUCUCCCCGCCCCAGCCCCCCAACAUUGAGCUGUCCGGCAUGGACACUGCUCGCCCACCGCCCAUCACGGGAGC